GCUUGAAAAGUACUUGUGACUACAGUAUUUAAUAAGGCUUCCGUCCUCGUUGUUUUAUCUAAAUGCCACGUAAGCUAUUUUACUGGCAGUAUCCGUACUAAAAAACAGCUGUCGACACUGGCCACACAAGGUCAUGAGAGCCUUCGGUUCGCGAAAGCCUCCCUUAAAUCCCCUUUUUGCGUUGGACAUUUUCUCAUUCUCUGCUCUUCCUUCUGUACUAAGCCGUGAUAGUAAAACAGCAUGUUUCAUUUUUGGCUGAUGCUUCCCAAAAAGAAGGGGAAAGUGAGGCAUAUCCAUGAUAGCAAAACUUAUUGCCGGCGAUUGACGCAAUUGUAGGAACUCAAGGGAACAACACCGUGGGAAAGUAGAGCCCAACGUGUUCCGGUGCGACCCCAAUCACGCCAACCGGUCCGCUGGUCUUGGCAUAUGUGUACCAGCGUGCACCUCCGCACGGCUACUCGUGAAACCGCAGCAGCCCAAGCAGCAGAGCAACUUGCAUAAACCCAACAGCGCUCGAGCAAUUGAUCGUUGAUAUCAACUACCAGGUAACUACUCUACUACAACAACAAAGCCCAGCGCAACGCACAACAACAAUCUAUCCCUCGUUAGUAGAUCCAUAGAAGAAAGAUAGAUAGAUAGGAAGAGAAGCCAUCAUGUCGGUCAAUAUCAGUAGCAGAAACGAGGACAUUCGUGAUUUCAACGCAGCGUCCGCGCUUGCUGGGUUAGCCAUUGAUAAUGGGGAAGGUAGUCAGGCUAACAACAACAAGAACAACAACGACGCCGCGGAGAGCAACAUGGAGUUCCACAUCCCUCAGAGAUUCACCAAGAGCGGCCGUAAACGCGCUGUUCCCUUCACUAUCAAGUUAAUGAAGGUAUUGUCAGACAAGAAUAACGCUCAUAUCAUUACUUGGAUGCCCUCGGGCAAAUCGUUCAAUAUUUUGAAGCCCAAGGCCUUUGUGGCGGAAAUUCUGCCCCACCAUUUCAAGACGGCCAAGUACUCUUCGUUCACACGCAAGUUGCACCGAUGGGGAUUCAUGAGACACUACCGCGGUGAUGAGGCGGGUGCUUUCUACCACAAGGACUUUCAGCGCGGUCGCUUGGAUCUCGUCGAGGAAAUGACUUGCCACAAGGCGGAACCAUCCAAGAGCGCCAUGGCCAUGUGGGACGUUGCGCCGGCAUCUGCCCCCAAGACGGAGGUUCCACGUCCGGCUGUAGCGGUCGUCAAGCCCAUGGCGGUCAGGCCCAUGCCCAAGCAGGCACCCGCAAUGACCGCCGGAGACCUCAAAAUGCCCAUGACACCAUCCAUUGCGUCCUUGCCGCCUGCGUCGCUGCCACCUUCGUCGCUUCCAUCCGCACCUGUUGCUGCUUCGGCGGCGGCCGCCUUGGAAGCCGAACGCUUGAAUGCCGCCAUUGAGCGCGAAGUCAAUCGGCGCCUCAAGGAACGCAUCAACGCCGUUACCUUGUCGCGACAGGCAUUUGCCGUUUCGGCCUUGCGCUCGCAGCGCUUGGCAUCUUACGGAACGCACCAUCACCCCAGUCACAACUCACCACACAGCCAGACCAGUCAAUGGGCGGCGGCUCUGCUUCUGCAAAAGGAAGCCGAGCUUCUCAAGGGACCCACCACCUUGCCUUUGGACCUCACGGGCAUGCAAUUCCGUGGCUUUGGAUCGAACGAAACACAGCUCCCCAGUGCCCCUCCCAGGAAGAACUUCCCAGGAGCACGAACAGCCUAAGACGCCACCAAUCAAGCAAGCAAGAGCUGCGUAAGACGCAAACAGAAAAAGAGCGCCGCAGUAUUAGUAUAUGGUUGUGUUGUCUGUUUUUGCGGGAGGGAGUUUAUUGCGUAUUUACAAGAAGAAACAACAAAAAGUAUGUUGACGGCUUGCUUACUUUUGCAUACCCAUACGAUGCAAAGUUAAUAGGAAAGAAGAAGCAAGCUGAUAUAUUAAUUUUAUCACACAACGUGAAUGAUACAUAGAAAUAAAAAGGAUAAGGUUCAUUCAGAAAAUUAUAAAUUAGCUCGGUUGCAUUAGCUUUUUGCCUUCGAGUAUGGUAGUUUCGCUGUGGGAUGACGAAGGUUUGCACAAUCCACAAAACUUGCGGUUUCUCUUGCGUCUCCCUGUCGCUCCGUCAGUAUCAAGAACAAGAUCACAAUAAGGUACACCCAGAUCACAAAACGGAUGUCUUCCCGAUUUAUUUUAUCGAUUCGUACUGUGCCCCGACGCUGGCUAGACCCCCCUUGUGGAUCAUGGCUGUGAGGCGCAUCGUGCCAGCUCUGCGAUCCUCCUCGGCAUCGAAUAAGCCGUAGCAUUGCACGGCUGCACCAGAUGAACUCAAGGUUGGCUUCACAGCAAGCGGCGCCCCGUAGCACUCGAUGCCACUGGAUAAACCUAAACCUGAAGUUUCA